UUUACGAUACACAAUACACAUUUUUAAUAAAAUUUCUUCAUUCUUGGCUUCUUAGUUCUUACGCCUUACGGUUUGUUCCAAAAUUAAUUUAUAACUAUUAUUUGCAUUACAAUACUAUUUAGUAUUUAUUAAUUAGGUUUUUCUACAUUAUUCAAAUAGGCACAUCAUCAAAAUCAAUAACUACAGUAGGCGGUAACAAUAAUUUAUUAAGUAAUAUGUCUCAAAAGUUUUUAAAUAGUUUUAACAUACUUGAAGAGUACGAAAAUGUUCAUGCUAAAUGGUGUGCUGAAUUAAUAGCAAAUGGACGACAAACACUGCAAUCAAUAUGUAAUAUUAUUGAUAAUGAUCUACUAAGAAAUUUGAUGGACAGUUUUAUGAAAUUUGUUUCAUUACUUGCUCAAUGUCAUCCUAAUUCAUUAUCAUAUGAAAAAAUCACAUAUAAACCAAGUGAUCUAACUUCAAAACAACAAAAUGAAAGCCAAGAUUUAUUACCAAAGAAUGAUAUUAUUAAGAUGAUGAAUAGUGAUCUCCAAUGUCCAAUUUGUAACGAAUGGCUAUUUAAAGUAAUUUUGUUUUAAUUUUUUAUUAUAAUU